ACUUUACGUGGCAACAUUAUUUUUCUGACGGCUGUCACUGUCAACGUCAGAUUUACUUUCGUCAUGUCACUUGUGUUUGUGAAAUAGUUGCUUAUAGAAAGGAAUAAUAAGCAUACAGCUGCAAUAUUUUACAUUAUAUCGUCUAAAAGAAAACCAACCUUGAUGUAAAAAUGCCAUUAAACAAAACUGAAGCACUAAAAGAAACUGUGACAGUGCUAAUAAAUGCUAUAGGAGAUAAGGAGAACUCAGUCAACAAUGUUGUCAUAAAGUCCCUUACGAAGAUAGCGAAUAACUACCCGAAUGAAGUGAUCGAUAUAUUCUGUGAUUAUUACAAGAAUGCGACAUUCGUCAGUGGUACACAUUUGGGAAAUAUUGUGAAAGUCCUGGAGCAAACAUGCGUAAACCAAGUGAAGCGGCUGGACAAGGCCGUAGCAGAGGAGCUGACGAGCAACAUGCUCCGCAUAAUGACAGAGAAUUCGGAGCCAGACCCCGCUGUGCAGAUGGGGGCGUCCGCUGUGCUGGUGGCCAUUGGACAUGAGCAUCUAGAUCUGGUCCUCCGGUCCCUUAUAAACCAGUUACCAGCCUCCUCAGUGCCUCACUACACGAUCGCGCACACUCUCGGCACGCUGGCGGCAGUGAACACUCGCGCGACAGUACCGCACGUAAAGGAGGUGCUUUCCAGGAUGCUGCCUCUGCUGCCGCUGUUGCGACAAAACGCCAACAAGCAGGCUUUUGCUUACGCGUUCGGGCACUUCGCCGUCGCCGUAUCCGAGCAGAUCGGCGACAACGUCGAAAACGACAACAUAACCUCCAUCAAAGACAACUUCGUCACAGAAUUCUCUCUCAUCUUCGAUGUCUUAUACAACCAAUGGCUACCCUCCAACGAGCCGAGAGUCGCCGAAUCAGUUCUUGAAGCUUUGGGCCCCAUCACUAGACUUAUAACUGAAAGACAGUUCAACGAUACGGUCAAUAAGUUCAUGCUUUCAUUGCUCAGUCUUUACAGAAGACCGCAAUUGAAUCUAUAUUACGUCAGUCAAUGUAUAUCGUACCUACUCACGCCAUCGCCUCUCAACCCAAAGCUAACACUACAAGACAGUGUCAUAAGCUCUAUAAACCAUGUCUUGUUUAAUCUAGUGCUUUUAGAACCGGAUUACGAUCAGCCACAUACAGUGAAAAACCAUUUUGAAGUUCUACGCUGCUUCGAUCAUAUGACUACACAGUUUUCUGACCAUACUGUCGAAGGGCUUUUACAUCAGUGUAGGAAUAAUCAGGAAAAAGACAGAAUGAAAGCUGUUAUCGUUCUGACUCACUUGAUAACUUCUUCACAGAUAUUUAUCGAAAGAUACGCUGCGAAAUUCAUAGUUUUACUCAAGAUUAUGACAGCGAACGAACAAGGGCUUAAAAUGAAGAAAUUACUCGUCAAAGCUAUUGUAGGAUUGGUAUAUAGAAACUGUAUAACAGUCGCGGAGGAUUUCGCGAUGGUCGAGUUCAUAAUAAAACACUGCGGCUUUGAACCAGUAGGGAAUGUCCCAAAGCACGAACUAACAGAUUUGCAUGACACGUGUAAGAGUUCUUUAGUGCUGAUGUGUAAUACUGUGACUAGCGUAAGGACUCCUUUACGAAACCUACUUCUUAACGCUUUGACAGUUGAAGAGUUCACUCCUUCUAUGUCGACUGUCAGUCAUUGCUUAACCUCUUUACUUCACAACAACUCCGACGUCAUUGUUGAAGACCAGAAUGAGAAAGCUGUUGAACUAAAAUGCUCUCCCGACCUUGUUUUCAUUAGAUGCAUUACACAUAUAGCUGUUCCUGAGGAGAUCGAAAAAAAUAAGAAUUUGUUGUUGUUUUUGGAAGAAUAUUCAGGAGAUGUUCAUAAGAAUUUAAAGAAUUCGUGGACUGUUGAGAUUCAAAGGCUAUUAAAGUUUGUUGAAAAAAACGAAUCUCAGAAUCAAUGGCAUGGAAUGUUACUAGAUCUCCUAGUAUCAGCAGUGGAACAAGUUAAUAACAAUAAGUGGGUAGAAACUAUUGCUACAUUACUGUCUCAGCAAAUAAAUGGGAAGAAACAGGGGAAUGUAAUCAAAGGAGUAUCUCUUCAGUAUUUAGCUAUUCUUUCUUGCCACAUGUCUAACGCUGCUGUUGUCGAAAAAGUCUUAAAACUCAUUCUGCAUCAACUCAGAUCUAUUCCUAUGGAGAUUUCUGAUUAUGUCAGUGAAACUAUAGGUAUAGCUUCAAGACAGCAUGGAGAAUUUGUGCUAAACGAACUAGAUGCAGCUUACAAAGAUAACGAAGCUAGAAGAAGCAGUAAAUUGCUUAACUUCUUAUCUUCAAGAGCGUCUAGAAGCGACGUAGAGCUUGGCAUCGUUAAGUACACCAUUAUUAUUUGCUACGGAAAAGUUGCUCACAACUGUUUGGAUGUACACGUUUUGGCAAGGCUUGGGGAGAACGUUACAGCGAUCCUCUAUGAGAUUCUAAAGUCUAACCCCCAGUUUGACUUAUGUAAAGCCAGUAUAACUACUCUAUACGAAAUAAGUAAGGCAUUAUAUCCAGCGUCACAUCAUAAUAUCACUUUGAGGAACCGAUGGCAAUUGCUCAAUGCAGUUUUAGAGCAAAUAUACAACUCGAACUUAGAGAAACGUAACGUGGAACUGUACCCAAUGAUUGUAAAAGCAUCGAAAGCCUUAACUAAGCUACAAAAGGGGAUUCUGCCUGAAGAAAGGAACACGAUUCUUCGCGUUUUAUUCAACAGUGUCUUUGGAGAACUUUCUUCUUACAAAAGGAAGUAUGAAAUGGAAGGGAAUGGUGACAGAAACGAUCUUCUAGCCAAGACUUUAAAUGACAGCUUGUCUUUACUACACAGGCUAAUCCAAGAACUGAUCAUACAAUCAACUUGUCUCAGCACGAUUGAUGAUUUAAUAGGAUUAUUGAUCGAAUGGCUCCGACACGAAAAUGAUGAAAUCAGAACUGCGUCAAUACUAAUCUUACAAGUCAUGUUCGACACGUAUAUCAAAAACGUAAAACUUAACUAUGAGACUCCGAGCAAAUUCGGUCAGAUGGGUUAUCUACUUGGACUAAUCGUCCCUGGCAUCGCCGAUACAAAUUUCCCUGUCAGACUAACUACAAUAGAUUGUAUAAAGGUGAUCAUACAAAUCCAAGAUUUAUACGAAGGACACACUGUAGAACCUAACGAUGAAUGUAUGGUCGACUUAGCUGAAAUGCAAAAGAAUGUUUUAACUAAUGAUUUGGGGAUGAUAAAUGAUUAUUGCAUGAUGUUAUGCGAUGUGAUAUCUCCUAAGAUUCCUCAUCAUCAUACGAUGCAGUUCGUUGAAAGUUUGUUAGAAGGUUAUGAUGACCAGGAGUUGAGAAGUGAGGGGGUUAGUGCUGUCUUAGAUGCGUUAUUCGUCAAGCGUGGUCAGGAUCUGUUUCAGUGUAUAGAGAGGAUCGUAGAAGUAUUGUUGGGGACGAUGGACCGGGUGGGGGAGAGUUCGAGAGAGAAAUUGAUGGGGCCGCUGCUCUCGUUGGCUGGGCAUCAUACCAAUGCUGUCACUGCUAUGCUGUUGGCACAGAGGCUGCCUUUCAAAGAAUCAGUAAUUAGUUGCUGGCGCCACCUUGCGGGAGACCAAGGCCUAGCUACUUCCAUCGUUGGCAACUUCCUUCGUCUCAUGGAGUCUAUAGAACUUUAUGAAGACCCGUAUCAUAUAACAGAUAACCAUAUUGCUGCUUUACAACCGUUGACUUUAAUAAGCGCCCUCGGCGAAAUGCUUCAAGAAGAGUCCAUGAGUCCUAUUUGCGAGUCCAAAUUCACGGACCUCUUCGCCGUCCUCUACACAACAUUAGCCUGCUACAUCGAGGCAGAGCCACCAGCUUACGCACCGACUCAGAAUAAGUCUCAAGAGAGAUUUGGGUUCAUACCUAAUAGGGACUCGAUUAGACUGUCGCCUGCGAAGAUUACUAUUAAUACGUUUAAUGCGUUCUUGGAUCGAUCGGGUUGUUCUAAGGUGAAAGAAGCCUGCUCGCUAUGCCUAAGCGUGGAACACGGCGACCCCAGCACGACCAUUCUAGAACUCGCCCCCAUAUUGAGUUCGUCCAUCGCACGUUGCAAACCCGCACUAUUACCCAAACUCGUGUCGCGGGUCGCCGCGCAUGCUAGGAGUGCGCUGCCGCCGCAGAGAGCCGCGGCGCACGCCGCCGCUCACGCUGCCCUUACUUACAGAUGCAACGACAACCCAGUCCUCAUCGAGACAGUGCUCGCCAUCUUGAAUAUAGGUUGGAAGGACGAGCACCCUCGCGUGCGCGCCACGUGUCUCCGCGGCGCGGCGGGCGUGGCGCAGCUGCGGCCCGAGCACCGCGCACAGGCCUUGCCUGGCGCGCUGUCUGCGCUCAGUCAGGGGGUCGAUGCGCCCGUUACACAAAAAUCAACAGAGAACGUCCCAUUAGCCGCCAUCCAAGGCCUAAGCCGCCUCCUUCUCGACCUAGACAAGCUCGACAAAGAACACGACCGGGAACUCCUCUCAAUAUCUCAGAAAAUCCGGCCCUUCAUGAACACAGAGUCAGGCCAGCUCAGAGAGAGCUCUAUACGGCUCUUUGGCAUAAUAGCAGGGCUGGUUAAGGGAGAGCUGAUCGAGCAAGCAGUUAGUUCCCUGCCUUGUUUCCUGCUGCAUUUGUGUGACAACAACCCGGCUGUAGUCAGGGCAAGCAAGUUCACCCUCAAGCAGAUAUUCAAGAUCUUCAACGUAAAGAAAUCCAACGAUCUCAUCCAAACACACCUACUAGACGAAGGACGACUGUACCUCGACGAGUUUCUAUCGGCUUUGCUUCGGCAGUUGGCGGAUGAGAUGCCAAGCAGCGUGGCCAAGUGUAUCCAGAGUAGUGUCAACUAUUUGCACUGCGCUAGAGAAGAAAUAAAACCCUGGCCACCUUUGUUGAUAGGCCUCCUCUACGCUGAACUUCACCGCAUAUCCGAGAAGCACCCGGAUGACGUAGACCUCGACCCUGACGUCACUGCCACCGCCAAGACCCGUCUCUUGACCCUCAUUAAAGAUAAUAACCCAAUAGUGAGACAGAACUCGGCUUUAGCCCUGGCUAAUAUAUGCCUGGUUGAAGCGAGCGAUUGACCCGUUCCGAUGUAUUUGUACAAGGGGGUUCAGUUUACGAGACUGUUUUAAAUGUGCAAAAAAAUUAAAGUAUAAACGUUACUUGUGACUAAAAUAUCUUCUUAAGUAAUCCAAGAGCGCAAGACAGUCUCUUGACCACCAUUAAAGAUAAUAACCCAACAGUGAGACAGAACUCGGCUUUAGCCCUGGCUAACAUAUGCCUGGUUGAGGCGAGCGAUUGACCCGUUCCGAUGUAUUUGUACAAGGGGUUCAGUUCACGAGACUGUUUUAAAUGUGCAAAAAAAUCAAAGUAUAAACGUUACUUGUUAUUAAGAAAUCUAAGAGCGCAAGACAUGUCUCUUGACCCUCAUUAAAAAUAAUAACCCAAUAGUGAGACAGAACUUGGUUUUAGCCCUGGCUAACAUAUGCCUGGUUGAGGCGAGCGAUUGACCCGUUCCGAUGCAUUUGUACAAGGGGGUUCAGUUCACGAGACUGUUUUAAAUGUGCAAAAAAUCCAAGUAUGUAUAAACGUUACUUGUCACUAAAAAAAAACUAAGUGAUCUAUAAGAGCGCAAGACACGUCUGUUGACCCUCUAGGAUUAUUAACAUAACAUAACCCUAUAGUCAGACAGAACUCAGCUGAGUAGAAAAUCUUAGUACCGAAGAGGUUUUAGGAAAAACAGUCAUAAGAUUAUAAUUUUAUCAGUUAUUUCAUUGUGGAUAUUUUACAAUGUAAGAAAAUUAGUGGCUUUUCCAUCGGAGAAGAAUCCUUAUGUUCCUUGUAAAAUAAGGACGUUUUUAUUAACAUCUCCUUAGGAAUAUUUCAUGAAAAGGACCUUAUUGUGAAUAAAGAACUACUUUUUAUCAGGAAUGUCAAGCAUAGGUAAGUAGUUUAAGUACCCUUCUAUAGCCACAAUUCAAUUGUUUUUAU